AUGAAUUCAGCAUCAAAUACAUUCUGGUGGAACAACUGGGCGACAGGAAAGAGUAUAGCUUUUGUUUGGAGAGAAUUGGACGAAAGGAUCCCAUCAGCCGUAGCAUUAAGAAGUAGAGUAAUGAGCUUGCAAGCGGUAACGUGCAAAACAUGCGGUGCAGCCGAUGAAACAGCUAGUCACAUCCUGGUGAGCUGCAAUCUGGCCAAGAGAGUAUGGGAAGAGGUGACAAAGUGGACAAAGUUACCAAUGGUUAACACAGCCGGUAGCAUAGCGGAAUUGCUGCAAGUUAUUAUGGAUAGCCAAAGGAGCCAAAAAGAAAGGAAGGUUUUACAUGCAAUUGCAAUCCAAACAAUGUGGUCCUUAUGGAAAACUAGAAAUGCAAAAAUUUUCGCAGGAAGACAACGCACGAACCAGAUGAUCAUUGAGGAGAUAAAGGAUUCAUCCUUCUAA